UUUUCUUCAUCAGCGGAGGCUUUGCCGUCAGUUUCGAGUUGAAAAGCGCAGCGCGAGGUUGCAAAAUAAAUAAAUCCCCAAAUUAAACAACCACAAUAUUGCCAAGAAAGGAAGUGAUUCAUUGAAACAAGUGUGCGAUUGGCAGGGAAGAAAAGGAGGCAUUGAGGCAAAAGGACUUCCGGUGGUCACUUUUUUUGACAUGUUUUGUGCGUUUCGCCACAGCACCACUUGAGGGCGACACAAACACAAGCAUUUUUUCCAUCCACAAAAAAACGUGGUGGGGGCGCUACUUCCUGGCCACUCUGGCCCCAUGUGAUCUUGCCGUGUGAAGAGUAAAAGAGAGUAACAAAAUCCAAGAUUCUCGUGAGUAGUGCUCGCCAGCGAGACGCACGAAGGCAGGGGAGGGAGUUUUUGUGAAAUAAGUGUUGAAGGAAAAGCAGGAAAAAUUAUCCCCGUAAGGUACGACCCGUUCGACGAGGACUAUAGCAUGGCUGAUCUUUUUGAAUUCGAGCUCCACGAGGAUGAGCGGAACAACAAAGAGGCCUGCUGCGAGUCCGACGACGACAUCAUCGAGAUUGAUGACGUCGAUCUGGAGCCGGCAGUUAACAUUGACAUAAAGGCAGAAGCAGAACUGAGUGGAUCAGAAAUUUUGCAACUGUCCGAAGAGAUGGUAAAUCCAAAACGCAUAAAACUAGGACCACAGGAUUUUGAAUUGAAAAAGGUCUUGGGCAAAGGUGGUUAUGGCAAAGUUUUUCAGGUGAAGAAAGUGAGUGGACCAAAUGCAGAUCGCUUUUUUGCCAUGAAAGUCCUCAAGAAAGCCACAAUUGUGCGAAAUCAGAAAGACACUGCCCACACAAGAGCUGAGAGAAAUAUAUUAGAGGCUGUCAAGCAUCCAUUUAUAGUUGAUUUAGUUUAUGCUUUUCAAACAUGCGGUAAAUUAUACUUAAUCCUAGAAUAUUUAAGUGGUGGAGAGCUCUUUAUGCAUUUAGAAAGAGAAGGAAUUUUUCUCGAAGACACAACAUGUUUCUACCUUUGUGAAAUUAUUUUGGCACUGGAGCAUCUUCAUGCGUUGGGGAUCAUCUAUCGGGAUUUGAAGCCUGAAAAUAUACUUCUGGAUCAGGCUGGACACAUCAAAUUGACAGACUUUGGACUGUGUAAGGAGCAUAUUCAGGAUGGAAUUGUAACACAUACAUUCUGUGGGACAAUUGAAUACAUGGCACCUGAAAUUCUGACGCGAAGUGGGCACGGAAAGGCCGUGGAUUGGUGGUCAUUGGGAGCUCUAAUGUACGAUAUGUUGACUGGACUGCCACCCUUUACCGCAGAAAAUCGCAAAAAGACUAUCGAAACGAUUCUCAAGGGGAAACUCAAUCUACCCGGCUACCUCACAUCAGAAGCGAGAGAUUUAAUUCGGAGACUUAUGAAACGACAAGUGCCACAGCGAUUGGGUGCUGGAAUAUCGGAUGGUGCUGCUGUGAGGGCGCAUCCUUUCUUCAAGCACGUCCAGUGGACAGAUGUUAUACAUCGCAGACUGGAGCCCCCAAUUAAACCCGUCUUGAAUAGCGACGAUGAUGUGUCCCAGUUUGACACAAAAUUCACCAGACAGAUACCCAUAGAUUCGCCAGACGAUGCCACACUCAGCGAAAGUGUUAAUUUAAUUUUCCAAGGUUUUACGUAUGUUGCCCCGUCGGUGCUUGAGGAAAUGGCCCGGCCACGAAUAUCGCAGUCCCGUUCACCGCGAAGAGCCCGCUAUGCACGCAACAUUCGCCACGAGGAAGUCAUGCGAGUACCCUUUGUGCAACGAAAUAACACAACACACAUGAAUAAUUCCAAAGACUCCAAUCACCAUCCUGCUGAUGCGGAGGGCCCAUUUCCGCCACGGCCAUCGCCACAAGAUGAGGUAAUGGAAGAUCCGGGACAUCCAUUCGUAUAGUAAUAAUUGUUAGAGCUAAUGGUGCAUCGACAAAUGGAUUCUUUCCCAAAAAAUAAUAUUUAUUUAUUUAGGAAAAAAAAAACAAAUUAAAUCAUUGUCAUUGUGACGAUGUUGUUUUUAGGAAGAAUUUUUUAGUGCUUCUUGUGCUUGUGAUUUAUGCCUCAUUGCUGUGGAAUGUCAUUUUUUUUACACAUUGAAAACCAAAAUAGUUUAGGUAGAAAAAAAAUUAAUGAAAUAGAAAAAUUAGGUAAAUUUACAAAAUAAAUAAAUUAUUAAAAAUAUUUUUAGCUAGGUAGGAAAUUUUGAAAUUAAAAUAAAGCAAUUUUUCUGGAAAAAUAAGCCACGAUUUUGAUGCAAAAAUUAAAAUGAAUAAAGAUUGGAAUGAUUAAUUUGAAUAUUUAAUUAAGGAUUUUUUUUAUUUGCCAAAAUUUUUUAUUCUAAAUUUAAAAAUUUGAAAAUUUUAAUUUUAAAUUAAAAAAAAAUGAAAAUUUCAAUUUUAAAAAUUAAAAAGUUCGAAAAUUUCAAUUUUUAAUUUAAAAAAAAAAGUAAAUUUCAAUUUUUAAUUUAAAAAAUAUGAAAAUUUCAAUUUUUAAAUUUGAAAUAUAUGAAAAUUUCAAAUUUUUAUUAAAAAACAAUGAAAUUUUCAUAAUUUUUCUUUAUAAAUUCAUUCUUAAAAGUAUUUUUUCGCUAUGCGAGAUGAACAACGACAGGGAACAUUGAAAAUGUGACAAUUUUUCAAUAAAUAGGUUAGAAAUAAAUUGUUCCUUGAAUUGUGCUGAGAAAACGGCAAAUUAAGGACUAGAAAAGAUAUUAAAAUCAAACUAAAAAAAUAUUUUAUAGUUAAAAAGUAAUUUUUUUUAGUGAAUUUCAAUUUUAAAAAAUGGCUGUAAUUACUCAGAUAGUUGAAUGUAAAAAAGAAAGAAAGAAAAGUUAGUAUGUUGUAAGAUUAGAAGAACUGACAGCUUUAAAAAAAAACUUCUUGUUUUAUUAGAAGAAUAUUUAUUAGAGAAAACAAUAAACAAUUUUCUCGAAAUUUUUUUUAAAUAUAAAUAUUCCUUCUAGUCUCUCUUUUAAUUUUUGCAAUUUAAUUAAGGGAAUGUUUUAGUUUAAUUAAAUAAAUAAACUCUGAAUAGAAUAAAUUGAAAAAUAAAAGAGUUUGUUGCAUGGAAACGAAAGAUAUACGAAAGAGCUUCUUUUAAUCGUGUGAACUAUUUAUAUAGAAUGUUUUUUUUAAUAUUAACUUUAGAAUAUAUUAUUACUUUUAUUCUCUCUGUAUGAAUUGAAAGCUUUCUUUCUAAUUUAGUUACCUUUACUUGUAGGACUUAAUUUUUUUAAUUGCAUCUGUCCCGUCGUGAGAGAGAGAAAUAGCCUUGAACAUUGUAUGAAUGCUCACAACAGUCUGUUCGAGAAAUAUUUAUUUUCAUUGAACUAUUUUUAAAUAUUUAUUUUAGAUGCAAAAAAUGAUUUAGUAGCUUUAAUGACUUUUUUCUGUAUCAACCCUUUGAGGUCCAUUAGGUCAAAAACUGAGUCGAACUUGAAAUAUUUUAUUUUUUAGCUGUGAUUCUUUAUUUUUUGAAAAAGGAUUGAAAUCAAUGAUUUACUUUUUGAAAUAUGACGCCAUCUUUUUUUUUCAAGCGAUAUUUACAUUUUUAUUCAUUGCGAAAGAUCUACUGGGCCGAUUUUGAUGAGAAUUUGUGGGAAUAUUCUUCAAAGUACAAAGAAAAUUUAGAAAUUGAAUUUGUUAGAAUUGGAUUAUUUUUUUUUAGUUAUUGAGGAAUCUCGAAAAACCUUUAAGAUAUUUCAUAAACAUAUUAACCUAAAAUUUCUUGGUUACUUUCGAAAUAUUUCAUUAGUGAGGAAAUAUAAUUCAUGAAAGUUUCAUUUCAAUUUGACACGUAUUUCUAUGUUGAAGCUGGCAUAAAUGGGUUAACCUUUGAAAGAUUUUGCUGGCCACCGUGGCCAAUUCGACCUUUUUUUUAACCCUCAGACGUUCUUACUUAAUUUUUUUCGAAAGAAAAUUUUAAAAACAUUUUCUUAUUGGGAGAGAAUUAAGAUCAAAAUUUUUAAGGUUAGAAAUCAUCAGUUCAAUAAUAUAACCUAAAAAAAAAGUAUUAUCAUCGACCAUUCUUGAACAGACUGUGUUGUCUCUUUGUUUGUUUCUUUCAUUGAGAAUGUUAUGCUGCUUUCAAAAUAAGAGAAUGCAUAGAAUUUGUCUCCAUUAUUGCUUAAAAGUAUUUCAUUUUUAGAUUAAAAAUAUACAAAAAAAAUUAUUUAAUAAAAAGAAAAAUCGAGAAAGGACAUUUUUUUAAGCAUUAUUUCAGUUCCAUCAGUAUUAUUUUUAUAAUGAUAUUUUCUCUUCUUACAGACCUAAAAUGGAGCAUAAAAGUAAUUUAGUAAAUUUAGACAAUUUAUAUUAAAAAGAAAAAAAGAUGAAAAAAAGUGAAGAAUAUAUUUACCACAAGGAAUAAGUUAAUGAAAUAGAACUGAAUAAACAAAAACAAGUAAUUUAUAUUUAAAAAAAAAAGAAAUGAAAACAAGACAACAAAAGGAAUAGCCCUAUUUUUCAUUUAGCCACUUUUAUUGUCACUCUCACUAGAUAAUGAAAAUGAAAACUACGAAGGUAAUAGAAAAAAAUAACCUGCUAAUAGGAAAUUUAAAAAGAAUGAUUCCUAAAUUUUAUUAAAAAAAUAAAAUACUUCUUUUUUGAAUUUUUGGUGGUAAAUAUUUCAGAAAAAGUUUGAGAAAAUAAAAACUUCCGAAAUUGCCCGUAAAAACUACAAAAUUCUACUUUCUAAAAUUAAAUUUCUUUUUUUUGUUAAAAUUAAGAAAGAAAAUAUUUGAGAAAAUCUCUCACAAUGCAACUACUUUAUUUUGCGAAACCUGAAGUAAUAUUUUGCAAAAAUAAUUAAAUAAAAUAUAAAAUUAUAUUUUCUAUUAAUGCAGGUUGAAUGAAAAUGCAUAAUAUUCUUUUUUUGUAAGAACUUUAAUUUACAAUUUAGUGAAAUGAUUUUUAUUAUAUACUCCUUUUUAUUUAGAAGAAAAAAAAACAUAUUUAGGCAAACAAAAUAUUAAGAAAAAAAAGAGAAAUGAAUUAAUUUAGGAAAUAGAGAGAAAAUUGAGGGAAAGUGAUGGACAACAAAAUUCUUAUUUGAAAAUUCUGUAAUAAGAAAAAUAUAUUUCUAAGAAUUAUUACUAAAUAAAAAAUGCAAAACAUUAUUAAUUAAAAAAUUUAUUAACAUUGCGAAUGAGAUGAAUUUUUUUCUAUAGUCAUUUAACACUUUAGGCAGCAGAAAAAACUGAGAAAUUUUGAACAAAAUGUUUGCAGAAUGAUUUAGGCUGAUGAUUAAAAAAAAAAAAGAAUUAUUGCAUUUUAAAUUGACUUAAAAUGCAGAAAAAUAAAGAAAAAAAUCUUUCUCAAUUACUUUAAAUCUGUAACAUCAAAGACUUUAAUUAUUUUACAAUUUUUAAUAUUUUUUUUUUGUUCUUUCCAAUAUAGGCGAAUUUGUUACCAAUUUAUUCUCAUUAAAACUCCAUUUUUUAUAGGAAAACAUUUUUUUUUGUUUUUAUCUUUCAACACAACAACUUAUUAGUCGAAUGAUUUAAUUUAUUGCAAUUUCACUGUAGUGUUGUAUUUUUACCUUCCUCUUGUACAGAAAUUAAGCGAAAAAAAUGUAGAUAGCGAUUUUUUGAAGCGAAUUGCAGAUGAAGGAUUAGGUGAAAAGAGAAAAGUUUAAUAAAUCCAAAGUUCAACAGUUAAGAAUAAUUUUUUUUCUAUAGUUAAAGAGAAGGUUGAAGAAUCAAUUUAGCAAAAGAAAAGGGAUUGAAAAACUCCUCAAAAAUAAACUAAACAGAGACCAAACUAAAUGCCAUUUUGUUUUGACUACAGUGUUGUGCAGAAUUUGUCAUAGUCUUGAAGAAAGAAAUCUUGAACUUUGCCACAAUCUUGGAUAAAUUGAAAGUUCUAAAAAAAUGCUUGUUAGAACAUUUUAUUAAAACUAUUUUGUAUUUGUAGUUAUGCAAAAAAGUUUCAAAGUGAAUUUGUAUUUCUGGAAAUUUAAAUUUUAGUACAGAAUUUUAGUACAUUGUGUGCAAUUUAGACCGUUUAGUACAAUAGUUGGAGGUAAACCAAUGCAUGAUUUGGUUUUUUUUUGAAAAAUGUUAACAACAGAAAGAUUUGUACUAAAAGUUGGUACUAAAUGUACAAAAUUUCAAAUAAACGAAUAUAAUAAAUAUUUAUUUCAAAUGAUAUUUUAGUGCAAGAAUUUAGUACAUUUAGUACAAGUUAUUGGUGGAAGUGAACAUUUAAUUGCAAAAAUUCGUCUGUUGAAAAACUUGAACCGAUAAAAUUUACGGUACAGUAAAACUUAUGCUAAAAGUCGGUACCAAAUGUACUAAACAGUUGAAGAUUAUAUUUUGAACAAAAUUUAAAUCUGAUUUUUCAUAUUCGAAUGAUUUUUUAGGACGUUUAGAACCCAUACAGACGUUUUAGGCAUUGCUUAGAAGUCUUUUAAAAUUCUUAUAAAUAUUAUAUGAAUUUGGAACAAAAUUAAGCGAUCGAUUCUGUCAAAAAUCUUUUUCUUUCUUGGUUUAGCUUUGUAAUAAAAGAAAGAAUAAAACCUUCUCCAAUUUUUUUUUUAGGAAUUUUCUAAAAGAUUUUUGAAAAAGUAAAUCUUUGGUUUUUCUUUCAUUGCACGAAAACAAAAUUAUUUGAAAAAUAAAAACAGUCAAAAUCUGACAACUUAUCAGUUUCAAGAAAAGAUUUUUGUCUGAAUCAACCUCUAAAAUGUACUAAAUCUUAAAAUAUUUUUGAACGACAUAAAAAACAUUUCCGUUCUUUUGCGUCCACCGCUGUCUUAGCGAAAAAUCUCUUUCUAUCCAAUUUUUUGUCUCUGACAAAUUUCGUUCAUCACUGUAUGGCUGAAAACACUGCAAGAAAUCACUCACGGAAUUUUCAAAAUACAUUUUACUUAUAAUUUAAUCUUAGAGCAGCUUUUCUGAGGAGUUUGUGCAUCAAAAGACCCCCCAAAAAAUCACGAGAAAAUAUCGCACGUUAGGAAAUAUUUAAAUGGCAUUAGGAUGAUGAUUUAUGUAGCAAAUUGAACCGUCUGAAUUAAAAAAAAAAAGAAACAAUGACACCGCAAAACUGCCACGAGUGUUCAAAAAUGACUAAUUUUUAAAAAUGAAAAAAAUAUGAUCUUUUGUAGAUAAAAAAAAUGCACUAAAAUUGAAAAAAAAAUUGCGUGAAAUCACAAAUUGGCUAAAAAGAAAUUUUCAUUCAAUUUUGCGGAAAUUUUAGAAAUUAAAUGAAAAAAAUGAUAAUAUGAAUUUAUUGGAUGAGAACAUUUUUACUUAACAUUUAGUAAUAGAAAACCAAAACAUAUUUGGGAAGAAAGUAAGAUUUAUAAGAAAAAAAAAUCAUUAUAAAAUUUGUAUAGGACGAAGAAAAUGAAGGAGUUUUCAUUUUUUUUUUAAAGAUUUUUUUUUGUAGUAGAUCGGCUUGAAUGCUGCGAAUUGAUUUCAAGAAAAUUUAUAUAAAAUGAAGAAAAUAAUUUAAUGAAAACCUUCUCUGAAGGAAAGAGCUCUUGGUGGGCAUUUUGGGAUGAAUGGAGAAGUAAAUAGCGUUUUAAGGGCUUAAUAAGAGUGUGUGCAGGUGAACCUUCCUCCAUUUUCUUUCACCGGAAUCCUGGGGGGAAGAUGUUUGAGUGGGAAGAGAAAAAGAGAAAUAAUAAAUUUUGAUGAGAGCCUCA